GCGCGCGAGCGCGACGCUCAUGCCUCAUAAUAUCUCGGUUCUGCGGCUUAUAACCUCUGCAUCAUAAUAUCUGCAGAGUGCAGACAUCUAAAGUAUAGACUAUUACCUACUCGUCGAUGUAUAGCUUGUUAACGAAAUCAGUCACUUUCAAUAUCAAUUGUACUCGCGUUGAGAAAUAGACAAUAAGUUUAAGUGCAUCUCACUCAACUUCUGCAGUUUUUACGUGAAUCGGCUGUGUUGUCAAAUUGGAACGCAACAAAAUUUUAUAAAUGGAAUUGUGACCACGCCCAGAACAUCAAAUCUAUGGUUCAUCUAUACAAUUAGUAUUGCUGAUACACUGUCGAGUAAUUGAUAUAUACUUCGUCAAGUGUUGCUUGUUUUAAGAAUUACGAGAUUAACGCAUAGUUUUUUCUAUAAAAACAAUAAAAAAUGGUGAUGUCUACUGUACAAACGAGACGUCAAGAGGUCGAACAAUUGCGCCGAGAGGCCACUAUAAAGCGAGAAAAGCUCAGCAAAUCUAUGAAAGAAAUGCUGGAUUUUAUUCGCGAACACGAGCAAGAGGAUUGUCUGCUCGUCGGCUUCUCCUCUCAGAAGAGCAAUCCCUUCAGGGAAAAGAACUCGUGUGCCAUACUCUAACACUGGGUUCUUUUUAGCCCAUUAAGCACACAGAGACGUUACAAUUCAUUGAAUCGGUUGAGAGCUGUGCAAUGGUGUCAGGGGCAAAAUACCUCAUCCUAUUUAAAUAAUAAAACUUUUAUGGCUUGGUGGCAUGUGUGUACAAACUUCAUAAGCAUGGAAUUGACUCGUCUUACCAGAUUGUUUGCAAGUACUAAAGUUCGUAUACAAUAAAUAUAAACUGUGGAAUCAUUUUUAAUACAGCGAAGUAUAUUUUUGACAAAUUAUAA